UACUAUCCUUUCUUUUUCGACCACGUGCUGCAAUUGGUGGUAAUGUCCGAAGCGUGCUCAAAUUAUUUGCCGAAACUCAUGUAACAAAAUGUCGGAAACUUCAGAGGACGAACAGGCGCAGCUGCAGACCAGCGACGAAGAAGAGGAGCAGCUGAGUGGCGAAGAGGAUGAGGAAGAUGGUUCGGGAGCAGAGGAUGAUGAGGAUGAGGCUGCGGAAAGCGGCGAAGAGGAAGGAGAAAGUGGCUCUGAGGCGGAGGACGAGGAAGCCGGGGAUCAAAAGCUGACCUGGAAAGAUCUCGGUCUCAAUGAGACUUUAUGCCAGGCAUGCGAUGAACUGAAGUGGAAGGCACCUUCAAAAAUCCAGCGUGAGGCUAUUCCGGUGGCUCUGCAGGGCAAGGAUGUCAUUGGCCUGGCGGAGACGGGUUCCGGCAAAACUGGAGCCUUUGCACUGCCCAUUUUGCACGCCCUGCUCGAGAACCCGCAGCGAUAUUUCGCUUUGGUUUUGACGCCCACGAGGGAACUGGCCUUCCAAAUUGGCGAGCAGUUCGAGGCGCUUGGCAGCAGCAUUGGCAUCAAGUGCUGUGUGGUCGUCGGCGGCAUGGACAUGGUUGCCCAGGGUUUGCAGCUGGCCAAGAAACCGCACAUCAUCAUUGCCACGCCAGGUCGUCUUGUCGAUCACCUCGAGAAUAUGAAGGGCUUCAACCUAAAGGCCAUUAAAUAUCUGGUCAUGGACGAGGCGGAUCGGAUUCUCAACAUGGACUUCGAGGUGGAGCUAGACAAAAUUCUAAAGGUUCUGCCCCGCGAACGACGCACUUUUCUCUUCAGUGCGACCAUGACCAAGAAGGUGAAGAAACUGCAGCGCGCCUCGCUCAAGGAUCCGGUGAAGGUUGAGGUGUCCAACAAGUACCAGACGGUAGAGCAGUUGCAGCAGUCAUAUCUGUUUAUCCCAGUCAAAUACAAGGACGUGUACCUGGUGCAUAUCCUCAACGAACUGGCGGGCAACAGCUUCAUGAUCUUUUGUAGCACCUGCAAUAACACGGUUAAGACAGCCCUCAUGCUUCGGGCAUUGGGACUGGCUGCCAUUCCUCUGCACGGUCAAAUGUCGCAAAACAAGCGACUGGCCGCUUUAAACAAAUUUAAGGCCAAGAACCGGUCCAUUCUCAUUUCCACCGAUGUGGCUUCUCGUGGUCUGGACAUUCCCCACGUGGAUGUGGUGGUGAACUUUGACAUACCCACGCACAGCAAGGACUACAUCCACCGAGUUGGUCGAACUGCGAGAGCGGGACGCUCCGGUAAAGCCAUAACGCUAGUCAGCCAGUACGACAUUGAACUGUACCAGCGCAUCGAGCACUUGUUGGGCAAGCAACUGCCGCUGUACAAGUGCGAGGAGGACGAGGUGAUGGCCCUCCAGGAGCGAGUGGCCGAGGCCCAGCGCACUGCCAAGCUGGAGCUGAAGGAUCUGGAGGACACGAAAGGUGGCCGGGGCCACAAACGGGGCGGGGACAACCACGACGAUUCGGAGCACUUCACGGGUGCCCGCAAACGCAUGAAGCCAAUGGGAGGCGGUGCUGGUGGGAACCGAGGAGGUGGUGGUGGUGGAAAGAAGGGGGGCUUCGGCAAAAAGAACUGGAACAAGGGCAAACAAAAGAGAUAAAACAGGCCUAGGUUUUAGUUAAGUCUCGAUUUUAACUAGUGUUACUCUAUUUCAUAGUAAAAAAUAAAUAUACAAAUAAUAAACAAAACAAACCAUUGAACGAAA